AUGGAAAAUGGAACGUCUUACAAUGGAUUCUUUCUUCCAUCCCUAAAUACCCUAAGUAUGCUAACCUUCCUGAUAAUGUACAUACUCACAUUGUCAGUAAACUCUUUACUUAUCAUUGUGGUACGAAUCAAUUUGCGGCUUCACACCCCAAUGUAUUUCUUCUUAAGCAACCUGUCCAUCGUUGACAUUGGCAUAAGUACUUCAGUAGUCCCUAAACUUAUCAUAAUUGCAAUAACUAAGGAUACCAGUAUUUCACGUCUUGAUUGUGCUUUACAAAUGUUCUUCCAUUCUGCCCUAGUAACGAUAGAGUGUGUUCUUCUGGCUGUUAUGGCCUAUGAUAGAUACACGGCUAUCUGUAAGCCUCUGCACUACAAUACACUUAUGAACAAGAGAUUUUGCAUUUCCAUGGCUGCUGUCUGCUGUGCCGUGGCUUGUAUCAAUUCCAGCUUUCAUGUAACAUACACCUUCCAACUGCCCUUUUGCAGGUCCCACCAUGUCAACCAUUUUUUCUGUGAGAUACCUGUUUUACUUCAUCUGUCUUGCCAAGAUACUUGGCUUCAUGAGGUAUCAAUGUACAUCGCAGCUUUUACACUUGGCCUUAGUGCGUUUAUUUUAAUUAUUUUUUCAUAUAUCUAUAUAAUGUGCACUAUCUUAAAUAUCCGUUCCACGGAAGGAAGACAUAAAGCUUUCUCUACAUGUGCCUCCCAUCUCACAGUGGUCUCUCUGUACUAUGGGCCUUUGGCGUUCAUGUAUCUACGCCCUCACUCCAGAAACUCUCCUAGCACAGAGAAGAUUGUGUCCAUUAUUUACACUGUUGUGAUUCCAAUGCUGAAUCCCAUCAUCUAUAGCAUAAGGAACAAAGAUAUCAAAGUUACCAUACAAGGAAUACUAAAUAAAAGUAAAAACAAAGGCUGA